AUGGAAGAGAGCGAGGAGAGUGAAGAACUGAGUGAAGUGGAGGAGAAACAUCUUGUCAAACCUGGAGAAAAACCUUUGAGUCGCUCAAAGACUAAAAAUACAUUUUUAAAGAAAAAAAGACCAAAGAAAUCUACAACCUGCACUCAGUGUGGAAAGAGUUUCACAGACAAACAAUAUCUUAAGAUUCACAUGAGAGUUCAUACUGGAGAGAAGCCGUUCACAUGUGAUCAGUGCGGGAAGAGAUUCACAAAUAAAUCUAAUCUACUGAUUCACAUGAAUAUCCACACCGGAGAGAAGCCGUUCACAUGUGAUCAGUGUGAGAAAACAUUUCUUAUGGCAUCAGUCCUGAAGACACACUUGACAGUUCAUACGAAAGAGAAGCCACAUUCAUGUUCUGUGUGUGGAAAGAGUUUUUCACAGCUGUCAUAUUUACAUAAACAUCAGAAAAUACACACUGGUGUGAGAGAGUACAUGUGCUUUGAGUGUGAGAAAACUUUUACUACAGCUGACCAUUUAAAGCAGCACCAGAGAAUUCACACUGGAGAACAACCUUACAAGUGUUCACACUGUGACAAGAGAUUCAGUCAAUCAUCACAUCUGAAAACACAUGAGAGGAUCCACAGCAGAGAGAAGCUGAAGCUACACACAAGGAUUGAUGCAGUGGAGAAACCACAUCACCACAGUCUGAAAUCACGGUAA